UCCUAAAGAUACUUUGAACAGAUUGGUCAGUUUUAAAAUGAAAGACCGGCAUCGGUUUAACCUACAAAAAGUUAUUUGUUGUAUAAAGUUAAACAGUACCAGGUAUAAAUUCGAAUUGUAGGAAAAAUGACGGAAAUGCAACAGAAAACAAAGUGUAUUACAUUAAAAGGGUCUGCGGAAUUGGUGAAACAGUAUUUACUUUAUGGAAUCAACAGUAUACUUUAUCAGAGAGGAAUUUAUCCUCCAGAAACAUUUGAACCAGCAGAACAAUUUGGUUUAUUCUUUUUAAUGUCAACAGAUGAAAAAAUCAAAUCAUUCUUAGACACUGUAUUAGGUCAGAUUCAAGAAUGGCUUGUUCAACGAAAAGUUCAGAAAAUAACUUUGGUUAUAACAAAUGUUAAUACAAAGGAAGUUUUAGAGAAAUGGGAUUUUAGGGUUGACUAUGAAGGCCAUGCACCAAAAAAUAUAAACGACAAUAGCACGGUAGAAUUGCCUGAAGUUGGUACAAAAGAUGUGAAAACUAUACAAAAAGAAAUUCGAGAAGUUAUACGUCAAAUUACAGGUACUGUUAGCUUUCUACCUCUGUUGGACUGUUUAUGUUCCUUCGAUAUACUAACUUAUACUGUCCAAGAUUGUAAUAUUCCAAAAGAAUGGGAUGAGACUCAACCAGUAUUUAUAGCAAACAGUCAAGAAGUACAACUCAGGUCAUUUUCAACAUCUAUCCAUAAAAUGGAUACAAUUGUCAGUUAUAAAAAUGUUUGAAUAAUUAUAAUAAUUUAUAAAUGUAUAUAUAUCUUUUGAAGAACUAUACCUUAAGCAAUUAUCUUUUCAAUAAAAAGUACUACUAUUUUUAAAAAAAA